AUGAAGACGGGUAUUGUUCCACAGCCAACGCCUACCCAAGCAUGGUUCUCCGCUAUUGAACGUUUUAAGCCCCUGAAUCAAAUUUCUUCCACAAUUCCUUCCCGACUUAUGAUUGAAGAGUCUCCAUUAUCAUUUCCAUCUGAGCUGAGGAACAUUAAAUAUCUUACAAACCCUCUUCCACAUCCCCCUCAAGACAUAUGGUAG